AAUAGGUGAAUCAGCGACUGUACAUGACUUUUUGACGUCGAUAACGUCCGCUGUUUGCCUCGGUUCGACUGUAGGCCAUCGCUCGUUGUCUAUCUUGCGAAGAGCUGUAGUGCCACGCUUAUCCAUCACUCAGGUUCAAAUCAACGUUGAAUUUUAUCGCCUCUAUCACUUAGAUACACUUUACCAACUGGUUUGAGGCCAACGAAGCCCUGUUUCGUGCAGUAGAUCCCUCGAAAGUGAGCCUUUUUUUGGGAAGAGACCUAGCUGCUGCUCUUGUCGUUGUGACGCGUGGGAAAUUGGCCAGAAUAUUUUCAGCGUCAGCUGGCCUCCAUAACAUUUUGAACUGGUAUCAACUUCAUUUCGCUCCAGCAUGUCAUCUGCAGUAGCAGAGCUGGAUGGCUAUCUCCAAUCCAUGCUUGCCCUCAAGCCCCCUGGUGUAUCAGGCUCGAAGAUAAACAGCAUUACCUCUCUGUGUACAGCCAAUGUCCAGUCCGAGUCUGUCCUUAUCCAAAAAAUAUAUACCCACUUCAAAAGAGCACCAGGAACACACAAGCUUGGCGUACUCUAUGUCGUAGACUCUGUAACUCGACAGUGGGUUGAUUCCGCGCGCAGAGCUGGUCAAUCAGCAGAUAGCAAUGCCCCAGAUGGCACUUUUGCCGCGGGUGUCAAGAGAGUGACCGAUUUACUUCCAGUGCUCAUGGCCGAUAUUAUAAACAAUGCUCCUGAAGAUCAGAAGGACAAAAUCAGAAAGUUGGUUGAUAUCUGGGAGCGUGGGGCCACUUUUCCAGCCGCUAUGCUCUCGUCUUUCAAGGAAAAGCUAAAUGCACCAGUAUCUCAGAAUGUGGAAUCUACCACUCCCGAGGGAUCACCAGCACCCGGUUUCAAUCCACUUUUGGGGUUAACUCAGCAACAACCACAGCAAGGGGCUUUGGCCGGCGGCUCGGCUCCAGCACAAUCAGUACCAGACACCUCAAGCAUUUUGAAAGCUCUAGCAGAUAUGGCUAAACAAAGUACAGCGGCUGCGCCAGCUGUCGCAACAGCCGCACAAACUAGUCCCAAUAAUGUAUUAAAUACGCAGAGUGCAGCUCCCGCUCCGGUCUCUUCGUCUGUAGAACAGACUGCGCAACAGUCAAACGGGCAAGGCGUAAACCCGUAUGCUGGAAAUCUUGCCGCUCAGUUUGCAGGCUUGAGUAAUCUCGCCCCAAAUAUGUUUCCAACCCAACCGCAGGCUCAGCCUACGAACCCUCCUCCUGCUCCGCAGAAUCCACUUGCUGCUCUGUUGCAGCAGCAGCAGCAACCGGCGCCGCCGCCGCCUCAACAGCAGCAGCAGCCUCAACAACCCAUUAGCACUCUUACGCCUGAAUCUCUCCAGCAACAACUAGGCCUUAUCCAACUGCUUGCCGCACAGGGCAUUCCCCAGGAGCAAUGGGCAACUGCACUGCAAAUUUUAAGCUUAUCUAACCCCGCCGCAACUACUGGCAUGGCUCCCCCCAAUCCCGCUGUUCUCUCUGGCUUUGGUCAGCCAGCCGCUCAAAAUGCAUGGGGUGCACCAGCCCACGAUACAUCAUCAUCACGUGACCGUGACCGUGAGAGAGAUAGAGACCGUGAUAGAGACCAUGAUUAUGUGCGCUCCCCGCCUAGCCAGUAUCGUCGGCGCUCCCGCUCUCCUGGAUGGGAUAGGCGGCGUGAUGUUUCUCCUCCCCGUCGUCGCGAUAGCCCUGUUUAUGGGGAGUACCAUGGAGAUUCUCCUGGUCGUAAUCGGGCUGAUCCACGUGAUAUGAGAGGCCGCCGUGGUAAUGACUAUCGACAGCGUAGCCCUCCGGGAAGACGUCGCCGCAGCCCGACCCCGCCUCGUAAGGAUAACUCAUUGCCUCCUCCCGGCCCCAAAUUUGUUGAAUGGGAUUACUCUAUUGGACAAGGAAAUAUCAAAGUUCUCAGCCGUACCCUGUUCGUUGGUGGUGUUACAUCCUCAGAGUCGCAUUUACGGACCCUCUUCAGCCGUUAUGGGGCAGUCCAAACGUGUAUUGUCAAUAUCGACAAACGGCAUGCUUUUGUAAAGAUGAUCAGCCGACGCGACGCAGUGAAUGCGCGCGAGGGAAUGGAACAGUACAAGUCUGGCGACAUGCAACUUAGAACUCGUUGGGGCGUUGGAUUUGGUCCAAGAGACUGCAGUGAUUACCAAACUGGCAUUAGUGUCAUCCCAAUCGAACGGCUAACUGAGGCGGAUCGUAAAUGGAUGUUAACAGCAGAAUACGGUGGCACCGGCGGCAAGCCAAUUGAGAGUGGUAUGGUUGUCGAAGAACCCGACAUUGAAAUUGGCGCAGGAGUAUCUUCAAAAGCAAUCAGUCGAAGAAUGGCCACGGAUCAAGGAGGAAAACGCGGUCCUCAGUCGUCUCGCCCGACACACGAUCAAAACCGCUUCCGUCGGCCUGAGCGUGGAAUGGAUGAUGGACCUGCGAACGAUCGUGAUCGUGAUCGCGACAACUCUAACGCUAAUAAUGUUGCAGUUCCUCCAGCUGUCCCUGGAUUCGGUUUCCAGUUCCCCGGCAUGCCGAUGUUCCCUCCAGGCUUCAUGCUAGGAGGCGCACAGCCAUCCUCGACUACGACAACUCCUCAGCCUCCUCCACCCGGCUCAAGCAGUUAGAUAAAAGCCAAAUCCUCCUAAAAUUACAAGUUGCAAGUCUACAAAUAGCGAUUUCGAGAAAUGGCGUUAAGUUAUUUGUACCUGGGGAAAUGGCAUCUAGGAAAGCCCGUUGACUCUUUAUUCAUGGCUUUGACCCUUUUUUUUUUUUUUUUCCUUUUUCUUUUCGCAUGUACUCACAGAUUCAUUGAGGAAGUCUUUCCUGGUAAUCCUUUACCUUUUUUCCUCUUCCGGGUCUACAUUGUGUGUUUAUUUUCCACUCAGAAUCCUCUUUUUUAAUAUUCUUUUCCAGGUUCAAGAAUUUUUACGUGUGAUUGUUCUCUUUUCCUGAUGCGGUGGGGCUGGGUUAUAUGGAAUGUCUUCUCUUCAACCCUGUACUUGUAUGAUUAUUAGCAACUUUACCU